UUUUUUUGGCGCAUUUUCAAUUUGAGCAUAAAAGUCUUUUUUUCUUUUCUUUCCCUUUUCUUUAUCUCUCUUUUUUAUUUCUCUUUGUUCUUCUUCUUCUCUUGUAUUAUCUUAAACACUCAAUAUGAACUCUCAGUCACCUUAUCCUAAAGCAGAUGAUAUCGGAAUAGCCGUACGCGGCGUACAGCCAUCUUAUGCGAGAGAACUCGAUAUCAGCAAAGAUAUCCCGCACGGAUUUUAUGAAACAAUGAUGACUUGUAUAGGAAACACAAUAGGAUUUUUUGGAGCAUUUCCUUGUGUCUGUUGUUGUCCUAAUCCAUAUGAAGAAGUUCGACAAGGCAACGUUGGACUUGUUCAAAAGUUUGGUAAAUUUUACAAGUGUGUUGAUCCUGGACUAGUGAAAGUCAACCCAGUGACAGAAGAGAUUAAAAGAAUCGAUAUCACCAUUCAAGUCACAGAGAUUCCCAAACAAGACGUGAUCACUAAAGAUAAUGUCAGUAUUUCAAUUGAAUCAGUCUUGUAUUGGCACAUUGUAGAUCCGUAUCAGGCAGUUUAUGGAGUGGAAAAUGUGAGUUAUGCGUUGGUAGAAAGAGCGAGCACUUCCUUACGAGACGUAUGUGGUGGCCAUUCCGUGCAGGACUUGAUUGAAAACCGAAACGCCAUUUCACAUGAAUUACAUAAAAUCAUUGGACCUAUUGCCAAAUCUUGGGGUGUGAAGAUUGAAUCAACGUUGAUCAAGGACAUCAUAUUAUCCAAGAGUCUUCAGGAAUCCCUUUCAUCCGCAGCUCAGGCAAAGAGACUGGGUGAAUCUCGCGUGAUUUCUUCAAAAGCUGACGUAGAAGCAGCUAAGCUUAUGCGUGAUGCCGCAGAUAUUCUUAAUACGCCUGCUGCUAUACAAAUUCGUUAUCUGGAAACAUUACAAGCUAUCAGUCGAAAUAGUAGUGGUCCUAAAACGUUAUUUGUGCCUCUUCCUCCUGCAACAAAUGAGGGGCCAUAACAUAUACGCAUUAUACAAUAGUAAACAUAUAAUAAACUAAGUGUUAUAUAUAAAUACCUAUUAGCUAGCGUUAAGAUGUAUAGAUGUAUUAUUUCAGCUGUAAAAUAUGAGUCUAAACGAAUACAUAUGAGGAUUUUUUUUAGCAAUUAGAGCACAGUUACCUGGCUAUUUACACAAAAGAAUAUAAACUUUGAUAUACCCGUAUAAAACUGAUAAUAGUCAUGGAUUUCGUUGUUUUUAUCUCUACCACGUCUUUCCAUUUUACCGUUAUUCUCUAUGUGAUGCAUAGUUAACAGGGAGAUAAAUAGAGUCAAGAGG